GUUAGCUUUGAUGGCAUCGUUAAACAUAAAUAAACCGAGGUGUGGUUGUUAUUCAAAAUGUUUCGUUUGUUGAUAUUUGUAAUAUCGAUUUCGCAAAUUUCUUGUGAUCUAUGGUGCUACAGUUGUGUAAGUUCUCAACCUGGAUGUGAGGAAUUUUAUGUUGACUGGCGCAUUCAUCAUGCAAUAACCUGUCCACGUGAAGAUGAUAAAUGUGUCAAAAUCAUCGAAAGGAAAGGAGUGGAUAAAUUUAUUACUCGAGAUUGCUUAUCAAAUUUGGAAGGGCAAAAGAAAGAUAUUCCUGCUGAUCGAUAUGAUGGAUGCAGAAAAGCAGCUGAACAACCAAAGCUUGCUGUAUAUGUUGAAAAUCAUAUAACUCAGCUUGAAAUUAAAAAUGAACAUUGGGAUGAAGUGACAUAUUGCUUUUGCGAGUUUGACCAAUGGUGCAAUCACGGGCAUUUUCUACAUUCCAACAAAUAUAUAAUUAUUUUUGUUGUAAUAAGUUUGUUUAUUUUUAAAUAUCAUUUUAGAAACUGAUCUAUAGAUAUUUUGUUAUAUAUACUAAAUGUUGAAGAUUUUUUUUAAAUGAAUGAUUAGUUUUUAUUCAAGGAAGAUGUAUGCCUUAAAGCAUGUUUCAUUAAUGGAAUCUUGAUUUAAGAUUUUCAACCAAUCACUCAGGAGUUUAUUUACAUAAACAUUUGAUUUUACAUAAUGUAUCCUUACAUUUUAAAUAGUUCUAGUUUUAAUGAAAAAUAAUGGGGUGUGGAAUAUUAGCUCGACUGCAAAAUUGUUAACCUUAUCCAAUCUACAAAUUGAUGUACAGUUUAGUCAGUUAUAUUCUUAGAUGGUUGUCACUUAUGUAUUGGCUACCUCCAUUUUGCAAAACAGAAAGUAUUUUAAUGUGAUACAUUCCUUGUAAUAAUAGUGUAUCAUUAUUUUUGUGUAUAUUUUAAUAUACAUUGAUUUUUUAUUACAUAAUUUCUAGAUGUUAGUGAUGUGAAUCUCAUUUUGUACAUUUCAUUUUGAUUCCGUCCAUUAUUGCACUAUUGUUUUGUUACAGAUUUGGAUAUAUUUAGGUGGCGUUUAGAACUUGAUGGGUGUGAUAUUUAUUUACUUGGUUGUCUUGGUUUUAUUAUUCACAAAAUAUACUUUUUAUAUGCAUGUAAGUUUGAUAAAUGGAUGUUUUCAUAUGAAUAAAAGUCAAUUUUCUUAGAAAUGUUUAAUAAAAUAUAUUUUUUAAACUCUAAUUGUUGUAUCAGAUUAUAACAGUGAUAUUUCUCUCUAAAUAAAGUGCUCAAUAAAAAGAACCAACAUAUGUUAUACUGAUGUCUUCACUAAAGUUUGCUGGACGUGAACGUGGCCUCCAAAACUGCCAGUUAUAAUAUACUGGAAAAAAAAAAUCACACUGAUUAAUUUGGUGUUAAAAAAUUACUUCUGUAUUAAUUGCAAAAAAUCAGCACAAAAUGAAAAUAAAGAAUUUUUUAUCGGUAUCCAGAAA